GAGUGCCAGCGGGAGGCGGGAUUUCUUGGCCGCCAUGCCACCUUCCAAGCUCUAAGACUGAGGUAGUCGCGUUGGAGACGUUGCUCUGUACGGACUGCACCGCUGUGGCAAUUAUGAGGCAAAUUAUGUGAAGAGAGCAAAUGAGCCUGCAACCGCGCUAUGAGGCCUGAAGAGGAUGUCGGAGGCCUUGAAGAUGACUUUCCUGUAUUAAGUUGACAAAGAUAGCACACAUGUCAAGAGAAGGGUCUCAAGACACACCUGGCCUGGGUGGUAUAACAUUGGUUGCUGUCGAGUGCUUUAGGAUUUAGUUGUCUUUGAGGAUGUGGCUGUGAACUUCACCGAGGAAGAGUGGGCUUUGCUGAAUUCUUCUCAGAAGCAUCUGUACAGAGAUGUAAUGCUGGAAAUCUACAAUAACCUUGCUUGUGUCGGAAACAAAUGGGAAGACCAAAGCAUGGAAGAUGAGCACACAAAUCCUAGGAGAAGUCAAAGAAUGUGUACGUUUGAGAGACUCUAUGAGAGUACUGAAAGUGAUCAAUCUGGAGAAAUCUUCACCAAGACACCAAAUCUGACAAACAUCUUCCCUGGUCUAAAAUCUGAGCUUGAUGAAAGUGGCGGGAUGCAAUAUAAAUGUGAACAGACCUGGAAAACAGACCUGAAUUCUGUUACAAGUAUUCCAACAUAUACACAAAGUCUCAGUAUGAGUAGGUCUUAUAACGUUUGUGCCACAUCCUUUGGUUUUCCCAGCUCAUUUGGAAGAUAUCAAGAAACUCCUGUUGGGGAACAGCACUGUGAACAGAAGGUAAAAAACUGUCCUACAGCUAAAUCAUUUUACAUCCAUGAAAUGAAUGACAAUGCAGACAUCGAUAAUGAACACAAACCAUUUGGUAGAGCUCAGAGUUCUUUUGGUUCCUGUGAAAGUCGUGGAAGAAUUAAUACAAGGAAAAAGUCCUAUGAAUGUAGGCUAUGUAGUAAAUCUUUCAUGUAUCCUUCUUUACUUCAAAAACAUGAAAUAACUCAUUCCAAUGAAAAACCCUAUGGGUGCCUACAAUGUGGUAAAGCUUUCAGAAAUUUCAGUUCUCUUCAAAAACAUAAAAUAGCUCAUACUGAGGAAAAGCCUUAUAAAUGUCAUUAUUGUAAUAAAGUGUUCAUCUGUCAGGCAUCACUUCAGUCACAUAUAAGAGUUCAUACUGGGGAAAAGCCUUACGAAUGUAAACAAUGUGGUAAAGCCUUUAGAGUUAACAGUUCCUUUUGGCGCCAUAAAAAAGUUCAUACUGGGGAAAAACCCUAUGAAUGUAAACAAUGUGGUAAGUCCUUUAUUUAUCCUUCUCUACUUCAAACACAUGAAAAAACUCACAGUGCAGAAAAGCCCUAUAACUGUAAACAAUGUGGCAAAGCCUUUAAAUCUCACAGUUCCCUUCGAGUCCAUGAAAGAAACCAUACUGGGAAAAAGCCCUAUGAAUGUAAACAGUGUGGCAGGUCCUUUAUUUAUCCCUGCUUACUCCAGAUUCAUGAACGAACUCACAGUGGUGUGAAACCCUACGGAUGUAAACAGUGUGGGAAAGCGUUCAGACGCCUCAGUGACCUUCGAGUACAUGAAAGAACUCAUACUGGAGAAAAACCUUAUGAAUGUAAACAGUGUGCUAAAUCUUUUAUUAAUCGGUAUUUACUUAAAAUGCAUCAAAAGUCUCAUACUGGUGAGAAACCCUAUAAAUGUAAGAUUUGCAGCAAAGCCUUCGUUUAUCCCUCCUUACUUAAACUGCAUGAGAGAUCUCACACUGGGGAAAAGCCCUAUCCAUGUAAACAAUGUGAUAAAGCCUUCAUUUUCCCCUCCUUACUUAAACUGCAUGAAAGAACUCACACUGGGGAAAAACCCUAUGCCUGUAAACAGUGUGGUGAAGCCUUCAAAAGUUACAAUUCCCUUCAGAGACAUAAAAGAAUUCAUACUGACAUAAAGGCUUAUGUAUGUAAACAUUGUAGCAAAACCUUCAUAUGCCAGAGGUCCCUUCAGUUACAUAAUAGAACUCAUACUGGAGAAAAACCAUAUAAAUGUGAACAGUGUGGUAACUCCUUCAGAUAUCACAAUUCCCUUCAAAGACAUAAAAUAAUUCAUACUGGGAAAAACCUCUAUGAAUGUAAACAGUGUGACAGGUCCUUCAUUUAUCCAUAUUUACUCCAAAUACAUGAUAGAACUCACUCUGGGGGAAAACCAUAUGAAUGUACACAGUGUGGUAAGUCCUAUAUUUAUCCUUCUUUACUUCGAAUACAUGAAAGAACUCACAGUGCAGAAAAACCCUAUAACUGUAAACAAUGUGGUAAAGCCUUUAAAUCUCACAGUUCCCUUCGGGUCCAUGAAAGAAACCAUACUGGGGAAAAGCCCUAUGAAUGUAAACAAUGUGGCAGGUCCUUUAUUUAUCCUUGCUUACUCCAGACCCAUGAAAGAAUUCACAGUGGUGUGAAACCCUAUGAAUGUAAACAGUGUGGGAAAGCCUUUAGAGGUCACAGUUCCUUUCGGGUCCAUAAAAAACUUCACAGUGGGGAAAAGCCCUAUGAAUGUAAGCAAUGUGGUAAAUGCUUCAUUUAUCCAUCCUUACUUCGAAUGCAUGAAAGAACUCAUAGUAGUGAAAAACCCUAUGAUUGUAAACAAUGUGGUAAGGCCUUUAAAUCUCGUAGUUCCCUCCGAGAACAUGAAAGAAACCAUAUUGAGGAAAAAUCCUAUCAGUGUCAACAGUGUGGUAAAAUCUUCAGACGUUAUAGUUCAUUUCAAAACCAUAAACAAAUCCAUGCUAUACAAAAACUCAAUGAAUGCAAACAAUGUGGUAAGAUCUUCAUUUAUCCUUCUUUUCUUCAGAGGCAUGAAAGAACUCACAUUUGUGAAAGAACCCUAUGUAUGUAAACAAUGUGAUUAAAUCUUUACCAUAUCACAAUUCUUUUAGGAGAGAUAAAUUUCAUUUGGGAGAAUAGAUAUUGAAUAAUGUGAUAAAUUCUUUUUACAGUUAUCAACUGCAGAGAAAAAUUUAUAUGUAACAGUAUGAGUAUAAAGUGGGAUAGCCUUCUGAAGUAAUCGUCCUUUUCAAAUGUAUGGAAUAACUCAUAAUGAAGUAGAACCAUUGUUUCCUAAGACAAUAAAAAAAUGUUAUGUUAGAAGGGAAUUCUGUGAAUAUAAACAAUGUGAAAACUCA